AUGCCUCCCAUCGCCCGCCCCCGCCGCAUCGUGGGCGUCUCGCUCAAAAUGUACUUUGACCUGCCCAGCACCCUCUCCUACGUCCGCGGCGUCCUGCAGCUCGACAGCGAUGCCUGGAACGCGCGCACCGAUCUCUUCGUCAUCCCCGACUUCGUCUCGCUGACCGAAUCGGCUCGCAUCCUCGAAUCCUCGUCCGUCAUGCUCGGCGCCCAGGACACGUUUUGGGAAGACAAGGGCGCCUACACGGGAGAAGUCAGUCCCCUUGUCUUGAGGCAGGCUGGCGCUCGGAUCGUGGAAAUCGGCCACGCAGAGCGGAGAGCCAUAUUUGGGGAGACCGACGACACGGUCGCGAAGAAGGCAGGCGCUGCUGCGAGAAAUGGCCUCAUCCCGCUCGUCUGCAUUGGCGAGAAGACGCACCACAGCAUCGCAUCGGCAGCCGUCGGCGCAGCGAUUCAGGAAUGCACGCCGCAAGUCACGUCGGUGCUGGCGGCCGUGCCAGACGACUCCGAAGUCAUUCUGGCCUAUGAGCCCGUGUGGGCUAUCGGCGCCACGGAGCCUGCCGACCCUGACCAUGUUGUAAUGGUAACAAAAGAGCUGAGGAAGCUAUCUGCCGGCCGAAAAGGUACCACAAGAAUCGUCUACGGUGGAAGCGCCGGCCCGGGUACCUUUGCCAGAAUUGCCGAUGGCGUCGAUGGCCUCUUCUUGGGCCGCUUCGCACACGACAUUCACAAUCUGAAGAAGGUCAUAGAAGAAGUGGGCGGCGCUUGA